AUGUGCUGCGUGCCUUUUCUUUUCUGGGUAUGCCCCCCCCCCCACUUGUUCUCUCUCUCUCUCCCCACUCCUUCUCUACGGAGCUGCGGUGCCCGCACAUCGUGUGUCGCUGAGCGCUCUCACGCUUCAAGGAGAGGCGGGUGCGGAUUGCCCUCGCCCCUACCCGCCCAACCAACGAGCCCGCCCGAUACACGAACAGGGGACACAUGCAUAUGUGCAUUCUCUUUUACUCCUGACGAAGUGAGCCAGACCAUGACGGAUCGUUGCUACCGCACGCUCGGUCUCGAUCGCGGCGCCGCCGAGGCGGACAUUAAGCGGGCGUACCGCAGGAAGGCACUGCUUUUUCACCCGGACCGAAACCCAAACGGUGCGGAGGCUUUCAAAGCGCUCCAGGGCGACUACGAGGAGGCCCUCACAGACGCGAGGCGCCGAGGCGCCCGCGGGGGCGGGGUACCACCGUUUUCUUCGAUGGCGUCGCCGUCAUGGGACCCGGCUGCACCGGCAGCAGGUGCUGCAUAUCGAUUCGCGCGAGCGGCCGGCACCGCAUGCCCGCCCUUCUUCCCCGAACCUUCCCCUGCUCCCCUUUUCACGGAUGAGGAGCUGUUUGCUGAUUCGAUCCCUGGUGGUUGGCGCGACGUCUGUGCGCGACGCGGUGCGUCAGCCCGAGGAGGCGACAAGGCAGGCGGCAGAAACAACGCCGCGGGUCGCACGGAGGAGAUAAACGGUAGUAACAGCUGCUGCAGUCAAGAGGCUGCUGCAGCUGAUGCGCGGUGGCGGCGCGCACACGGGGCCCGCGUGCCCGUGAGUGCAUACACGUUUAGCGGUCCAGUGCCACCGCCUCCGCCGCUCCCAUCACAGCCGAGCCCGCACUUGUCCUCUUCUUCCUUCACGUCGUUCUGCACACACACACGCGCGCGCGCGUCUGUCGCUGGGACAGGAUCCCGCUUGUCGACGCAGGCGCAGCGGAACCGUUUCGUUUCACGUGAGUGUAUGUGGAAGUCGUCGUCCGCUGAGGCCCUGUCGUUGGACGCCAAGCAGGAAGCCGGAGGCGCCGGCAAAGUAGGUAGAUCACGGGGUUGCGAUGGGUACACGGGUCAGAACCGCGAGCCGGUGUGUGGCAGCGACACAGGCGAGUCCGCCGAGGAUCGCGUGUAUCGCGAGGCCGUGUUGCUGCAACGCCGCAUGCCGGCGCUUUCGGGGAAAUCGAGGGGCGCGGCUGCUGAACGCACGCGAACGCACUCGCAGUCGGACCGUGCAUUCUCGACUGAGGGGGUGCCUGUAGGCAGCAAUGCCACGUUCCCUGCAACACGAGGGGUGUACCACCAGCGCAGCGACCUUCACACCAGCAGCACCACCACUACCACGACCACCAGCAGCAGCACCAAGGGCGAACGCCUCGAGGCAGCGCUGAGCCAGAGGGAGGCAUUAUGCCGGCAGUGCCGCGACACAGAGACGACACUGCAGCACGAAGUCGAUGAUGACCACGCACCAGCCUUUUCCGAUGACGGGGAUGCGUCAGCUCACCCCGACAAGGGCGACGGUGCUGGGAGCACUAAUGCGGCGUUGGGGCCGUCAGCGGCAGGUCCGUUGGCGGCGUCUGGGCGCGACACAUCACGUGCAGGCGACCCGUUCCCGGUGAAGCAGAGCGCUUGUCCGGAGUCGAACAGUGAUGAUCGGCUCCGGGGCGACUUACCCCAUCGGGAUAGAAUCCCAGAUGAGUGCCCCCUCCUGCAGAGCGAGAAUCCUCGCGGCCGCUACACCCCAAACCCUGCCGAGGUGGCUGAGAUGAGCGACAUGGAGGUUUACCUCCUAGCGUCUGUAGCGGAAGACAUCAAUCAGAAGACGCAGACAGUCAUGACAGCACGUCUGAGCAAGGAGCCGUACAGCUGUAGCGCUUCUACUCCCCGAGCGCACCAACAUGUAUACUUCACCUGCACUCACCCCAGCGCCUGUGAGGACUGCUACGCGUCAGGAGUAUCGAAAUGCCCUCUCUGCGGAGCUUCGGGUGUGGAUCGAUCGAGCCCGCCGCCGUCGGCCACCACCACCUCAUCUUCGAUAGAGAAGGGUGGCACCACCGGCGCUUCUGGUGCGUGCACAGGAACACGUGCUUCAUUGGCGUCUUCGUCUGCGCCAUCGCCAGAGACGAUGUAUGAGCCGGUAAGAGUACACUCUGUGCUAACUUGUGGGGACGCUGAUGCGUGA